UUUGGUCUUCUUUCUCCUUCCUUUGCUUUCUUUUUCAUUGAGCACCUUGCCAUUCCCUUAUGUCCAGCUGCUGUCACCGAUCCAGGGAGAGCAGGCCCUGUCCAGCAGGCUGCAAGGGGGAGGAGGUAACUCCAGGCAGACUCCUGCCUCCUGUGGCCUCCAGGCUUUUGCAGAGAGGGUGUGAUGCCUCCACAAAGCACUGACCGGCACGGCUCGGACACCGUUCUUUUCCAGGGAUCCUAGGAGAAGUGGUAGCUGGGGCGACUGCCCACCUGUCACCCUAAACACCUUGGAGGGAAAGAGGAGGUGACAGAGCCCACUAUGAGCAAAGGGCCUCUCUUCCUCUUCCGGCUCGCCUGGCGUGCGCACAGAGCCAGACUGCCCUUUCCCUAGCCCUGGAGCCCUGCAGCCCCUCACCCCCGCCGGGCAGAGUAUAGGGGGACUUCCUGCCAUUUGACUGACGACUGUUCCCUCUGGCUCCCAGGGACCUCCUGCCCACUCCAGUCGGGACGCUGGGAGACAAAGUGUAGACAGGGCCCCACGGAGUCACGUUUACUAAUGAAUCAGCUGUUGGAACAAAUGUCAAAAUUAUGCUUGCCAUGUCUCGGCCCAGACGUCCCUCCCCUGGCCUGUUCCUAGAAUCUGCCUGAGGCACUGCUGCUGAGUUUGGUGCCUGAGCUGAGUCGGUUGGUGACAGCAUGACGAGUGAGGUGAUCGAAGAUGAGAAACAGUUCUAUUCGAAGGCUAAGACGUACUGGAAGGAAGUCCCGCCCACCGUGGACGGCAUGCUCGGGGGGUAUGGCCACAUCUCCAGCAUCGACAUCAGCAGCUCCCGGAAGUUCCUGCAGAGGUUUUUGAGGGAAGGCCCAAACAAGACGGGGACCUCCUGUGCCUUGGACUGCGGAGCCGGCAUAGGCCGGAUCACCAAGCGGCUGCUCCUGCCGCUCUUUGGAGUGGUGGAUAUGGUGGACGUGACCGAAGACUUUCUGAUUAAAGCCAAGACCUACCUGGGGGAGGAGGGCAAGAGGGUGAGGAACUACUUCUGCUGCGGCCUCCAGGACUUCAGCCCCGAGCCUAAUUCCUACGACGUCAUCUGGAUUCAGUGGGUGAUAGUACUUGCUAUAGGACCCAUUUGGGGGCAGUUUUGUGUUGAAAAAACGUCAAUGAGCAAGAACUUAGGCACACUGAAGAAAGUGGGAAUGAGUUUUUGUCACCUGACUGAUCAGCACCUGGCCGAGUUCCUGCGGCGCUGCAAGCAGGGCCUGCGCCCCAACGGCAUCAUUGUCAUCAAGGACAACAUGGCCCAGGAGGGCGUGAUCCUGGAUGACGUGGACAGCAGCGUGUGCCGGGGCCUCGAGGUGGUCCACAGGAUCAUCCGCAGCGCGGGCCUCAGCCUGCUAGCCCAGGAGCGCCAGGAGAACCUUCCCGACGAGAUCUAUCACGUGUACAGCUUAGCCCUGAGAUGAGCAGGGACCGGCAGGAGUAAGGGACCAGCGCCGCGCAGGGUGGGGGGCUGGCAGCGGGGCAAGACCCGGAGGCUCCAUGACGAUGGCUCGGGGACGCGGAGCGAGACCUCGAAAUACACCUGUCUGCCGCCGCUCACUGGACUCUUUUUCAAAAGGCCUGACGGGGACCCAGCGGGGAAGGGUGUGGCCCACACGGAGCGGAGAGGCUGGAGCCCGGCUCCGCUGCCCUGGCAGGCAGGGACCGCGCUACAGACCCGUGUGACUCCAGGGCCCCUGGCGAGUCCCUGGAUGCCCCUGACCACCACCUGGCCUUCCGGCCCCAGGCCUGGGUGCCUUAAGAGAACUCUUGGCCGUUGAGGACUUUUUCCCGGGGCGGGGGGGGGGGGGGGGGGGGGGGGGGGGGGAGGAGGAGGGAGAGUGGCCGGGGCAGCGAGCCGUGGCCGGCCGUCUGCACCCUCCCUGCCUGAGCCUUUGCGGUGCCUCCUGCAGCCGCUGGGACAUUCACGUUCUAAGUUCUGUUUGGCGAUUGAGCCCUGGUGUCCCUAACGUGAGCGUCACAACAGCCUACGGCAAGGGGAGUCCGUAGCCUCACUCUGGGCUGUGCCUCGCGGCUUCUCGGUGAACGUUCGCCAAAGUCACAAAAUAAAAGGGUGAAUCCCGUAUUGGAAA